UUUUCCCGAACGGUUUGUCCGUAACAGUGUAUGAAAAGCGUAUAAUAAAAUGUCGCAUGCGCGCCGCCACUGUUCCACCGUCGGGAAAAUAUUGGAAACGUUCGCUAGUUUGGCAUAAAAGCGUCUCGACGGCGACGUUCCAGUGAAAUUGUUCGUGUAGUGACGAGUUUUCCAGUGCCACAUCACAAUCAGCGUCAGGUCAUGAGACGCACACGUCGCCACAAAUUCCUCCAGAUUUCGGUUUUCUUUUUGAUUUAUUCAAUAAUUCACGUCUUGUCCGAAAAUUCGACCCAAACAAACGAAAAAAAUGCGACCGACACAACCACUGAAAUUUCAACAACCGUUAUCAAAUUACUAACUAGCCCGACCGAAACAACGCCGAAAACGACAACUUCCAGAGUAUUGUUGCUAGCGAAGAAAAGAAACGCCAGCGGAACUGAGGAUUGCACACCUCCAGCUAUUCAACAGAAUUUGAUUCGUUCACGUCGCCACACUAGACACCGUCGGUUAAUUGAUUGGACACACCAUCUCUUGGCUCCUAAUAACAAAACCAAAACCACAACCACCACAACAACAACGACAACAAAACCCAUCACUCGAAAACUAACACAAACCCCACACAAAAAACUAAACGAGACAAAAAUUCCUGAAAACAGAAACAAGACGACAACUACACUUCCAACACCUCCAUCUAACGAAACAGAAUCUACUACAAAUGCCACUUUUUGUAUUCCUCCUGCUCUACAACAGUUUCCUCGGCCUCUAAUAGGUCCAACUUCACGUAAACAUGGGGGUAUAAUAGUCCACAUAAUCGUUGCGGUUUACACCUUCUUAGGUUUGGCGAUAGUUUGCGACGAGUAUUUUGUCGCGUCCCUGGACCGCAUUUGCGAAGAACUAAAAAUGUCACCGGAUGUUGCCGGAGCCACUUUCAUGGCUGCCGGAAGUUCCGCUCCGGAAUUGGCGACGGUGAUCAUCGGGGUUUUCUUCGCGAAAGACGACAUAGGAAUUUCUGGUGUGAUCGGAUCGGCAGUUUUUAAUAUAAUGUUUGUGAUUUCUGUUUGCGCGUUAUGUACCACAACGGUCAUAUACCUAAAUUGGUGGCCGCUGAUUCGCGAUUGUUUCUUCUACGCUGUCUCGAUUCUAGUCAUGCUUGUUACUAUUCAAGAUAAAAUGAUUUCAUGGAUAGAAUCAUUGUUUAUGAUUCUGAUGUAUGUUGUAUACUGUAUUGCUCUUCAUUACAAUAAUUAUCUGGAACAAUGGGCGCAAAAACUACCGGUUCCUUGCAAGAAAAUUGCACCGGAUGAGCAAUCGGGUCUAGUGAGUUAUAAGACACUAGAAGAAGAGAGAAAGCAUCCGAGUUAUGGGUGCAGCCCUGAUAAACCAUCACAGGAAAGUUUCGAACAAGGCUUUGAUAACAAUCAGCUCAGCGGUCCCGCUUUAAACCAGGCUAGUGGCGGUGUGGCCCCCGCUCCAGCCCCCAUCCAACGCGAUUAUUAUCGACCUAAGGAGUACGACCCUGCAAACACUGUAGACCCUUUGGUCAAGCCCACUGAUGGUGGGUUAUACAAACAGAUCACGUGGGGUAUAGUUUUCCCCAUUCACUACUUGUGUAGGAAAACAAUGCCGGAUUGUCGUUCAGAGCAGUACAAGAACUGGUAUCCUUUUACAUUUUUUAUGUCAAUGUUAUGGAUUUCGUUCUACUCUUAUUUCAUGGUGUGGAUGAUUACCAUAAUCGGGACAACACUUGGAAUCCCUGACACGGUGAUGGGGCUGACUUUUGUCGCAGCUGGGGUGUCAGUACCGGACGCUUUGUCAAGUAUAGCAGUAAUAAAGGAAGGUUAUGGGGACAUGGCAGUCUCCAAUGCUGUCGGAUCGAACGUUUUCGAUAUUUUGAUAUGUUUAGGUCUUCCUUGGUUCAUCAAAACGGCGAUAAUUAAACCGGGAUCAGACGUCCCUGUGAUCAGUAAAGGCUUAACAUAUUCAACCCUUUCUCUUUUAUCCACGGUGGUGUUCCUAGUCGCCGCAACCCACCUCAACGGUUGGAAAUUAGAUCGCAAAUACGGUAUCAUCUUGAUGGCUUGGUAUUUAAUUUUUAUAACGUUUGCCAGCAUGUACGAAUUGAAUGUUUUCGGUUACCUCAAUCCACCUGAAUGUUCCAGUGACUAUUAAUCACGUUUUUUAUGUUACUUAUAAUGCUCAAAACUAAAUUAUAUGAAAGUGUUAAACGUUUUCAAAUGUUACCCAAAAAUGUGACUAAGAUGUUUAUAGUUGUUUAUUAGCAUUGUUAGUAGCCGUCCUAAAGUUCAAUUAUUUUUGUUUGUAUAAAAACUGAACAGUGUAUUUUAAAAAAAACCUUAAUAAUACAUGAUUACAUUUAGAGUAUAUAAUUCGUAGACAUACAAAUUUAGCUUUUUCUUAUAUAAAUGUUGAGAAAAAGCUUCCAUAGCUGUUCAAUUAAUGUUAAGUCAAUAGUAUCUAUAAGUGUGCUGAUUUCUUUUAAUUUGGCACAGACUGUACAACAAACUUAUGAAAAACAAAAUAAUGCUAAGGGUCGUCAUCUUCCUACCACUAUUAUUGUAAUUUCACAUCGAAAGUUGGCCUGUACAGAAUGGAAAAGUUCGAAUCCACUCUGUAUAGUUUUUAUAUAAUUCCUAUUUCUUUAAGACUGAUUUAUCUUCCGUUAAGUUUGUCAUAUUCAUCGUAACAUAUUUUUGUAGUUAAUUUAAUUUUUCAAGUACAUUAUGUUCAUUUUCACUGUGAUUUUUGUUCAUUCUUAUACCCAAAGAGGUUGCAGUUUUCAGAUUUAAGAAAACAAUAAAUUAGUGAAACUUACGACAAUAAUACCGCCUUAUGGUCAAUAGAAUAGGCUAAUUAUAGAAUUUAAAUAUGAUCAAAUUCGUUAUGAAUCUGCGGUUUCAUAACGAAUGCUUCACCCAUGAACUAUUGGCAAUUAAAAACUAAAAAAAACGUUAAGACUGGUCAUUAUAUUUUUUGUCCAUCUACAACUAACUCUUGCCAAUAAUUCUUGGAACUUUUACAUUUUAACGAAUUAGAUUGAUAUUAAAGAAUAGUAUUAUGCACCCAAAAUUAGCUUGGAGAUUUCUAAAAAACCAAUGAUUGCUUCCUAAAAUUAAAUAAAGAGCUAAUUAUACAAUAGAUCAGUAUUCAAAAAAAUAUGUACUAAAGCUUAAUGAUUGUAGUUAAUGUUUGAUAUCAUAUUUAUAAAACUGGUGUUUCCUAAUGAAUGUAGCUAUUUUUAGGAAACUCAGAUAUGUAUUUCCUUUUAAAAGGCUUUUAUUGAAAUAAACGUUGAUUGUAAAUUGUUUCUAAAGGAUAAAAACAAAAAUGAUCGAAUGUAGCACUAGUCAACUAUAAACUGCACUUUAAAUGUUGGAAUGUAACAAUAAAAAUUUUUAAAAACUGUA